UUUCUUCUUCCUUCUUCUUCCUCACGUUCGAUGAGUAUAAGUACAAGGAUUGAUCAUCUUGAUCUCAGAUUAUUGAAUCUAUCAGACUCUUUACUGUUUUCUGCAUCUUCGAUCCCACGAUGGAGAACAAGCACAAACAAAUGUUGAAGUAUUCUGCGUUAAUAGCCACAGUUCUAUGUGUGCUAGGGACUAGAGUACUACGUCACUCUCCCGGACCCAGAAUUGCUCUUGUAUCAGGCAAUGACACAGUUCUCAGGGACCGUGUGGUUUCCGAAUCGACUCUUUCUGAGUCUACAAUUUUAUCUUGUCCAAGAAAGCUACUGUGUCCAAGGUCGGACAGACCCUGGGCCGUUGGGCAUACUCUGUGGGCAUCAAGCUUACGUCCAGACGAAUCGGAAGAUGAUGCGGGAUGUCCCGAAGAUAUGCUCUCUGUGAGAAUUAUGAAUUUCGCAGAGAGUUUUAUUCGUGAUCUUGCAGCAAAUUGGAAUUCCAUGGCAUAUUCGAUGGUACACCCUCUGUAUUCAAGCUGGGAGGUAAUAUUUCAGAGACUUCCUCAAGAUUUUGCCUCAUUCAAUGAAACAAAAUGGCCACUCAAUGAAAUAGAAUGGCUAGGAAUGUCAAAGUUGAGUGAAGUGAGAGACAUCUCUUCCACAAUUUCUUCAGAUCCCUCCGAUUUAAACAUGGGAGGGAUCGGAUCUGGAGCUGCCCCUAGCGGUGCUGGCUAUGGUGGUGCUGGUGGAUAUGCGAGUGGAGGUGCGGGAACGGGUGGUUACGGGGAUGCGCCUGUUGGUUGUAGAAGUGCAUGGGGCAGUGGAGGAGCAGCAUAUGGCAGCGGGGGCAGCUCGCCUGGUUACGGAGGCACUGCGGGGGAUAGUGUGAGUGGGUAUGGGGGUUCUGGGGCGUGGGGAUCUGGAGGAGGCGGAGCUGGCCUAGCAACGGGAACACGGGUGAUGGUUAUGGCAGAAGUGAGAGCGGAUAUGGAUCCAAUUCCACGGGUGAUGGAGGGCGAGGAAGCGGGUAUGGUAGCAGCCCUACCGGGUAUGGAAAUUCAGGUGGUGGAGGAACCGGCAGUGGGGGCUACGUUGGGAGCUAUGGAGACGUUUAUGGGAGCUCUGGCUAUGCUGAUCCGACAUGGAGGUCAGGAGGAACAGACUCAUACAGCCCUGCUGCAGCUGGAUCUGGCGGUGCUCAAGCUGAACAUUUUCUCCAAGACCCUACAGAAUCGUAUACAAACGGAGAGGAGUCGAACUACGACACUGAGGGUAUAAAUGAGUCAUAUCCACAUGACACUGAAGGCCAAGUCGUCGUGAAAGAUUCCACCUUCGAUCAGCACCUGGCGGGGGUUUUCAUCUUGAUUAUACUUUGCUUGAGGUCGAGGAGUUCCCACAAUUUCGGAAAUUCUUUUUGGUUUCUCAGGUUGUAGGAUUAUUUCUGCCAGAACCUUUUCGGAAUUUUAGUUUUAGUUAGUUUUGGCUAUUUAAGAAAGUGGUCCAUCACUAGCUGCUCCGGGACCAAAUUACUACCAGGAAAGUAGGAAACUCUCUUAUGCUCGGGUGAUGUAGGCGACAAUCUUCGUCUCAAACUCUUGCUCCGGGACCAAAUUACUACCAGGAAAGUAGGAAACUCUCUGAUGCUCGGGUGAUGUAGCGACAAUUUUCGUCUCAAACUCUUGCUGUAUGGAUCUUGGCAGUUAGCAAGAGAAUAAAUUUUUUCUACG